GGUAUCUUGGAGGCUAUCAUCAACCACCCAUACCCUUCAUAAACGGGGCUACACUCAGAAAUCGCUAAGAGUCAGAACGAAGCAGUGUUACUGCCUGAUUCCUUCAAUCGUUUGCACAGAAAGCUGUGGGAGUACAUAGUAUGUUCCAGGCCGGUUUGGAUGCCUCAGGAUCGGGGAAGUGCAGUGUGAUCUAGGCGGCGCCCGGGUUGUUGGCUGCCAAUAUGUGCUUUAAACAUCUGCCCAGAUUCCUAUAUAAAUCUAUAAACACUUUACCUUCUUAAAUUUAUUUUCUUCCCUCUCAUUCUCAACUCGUCUACUUUUCCAACGAGACCCGAUAUACUCCUAUUAUAUCUACCUACGACGUCUUACAUCACCUCGAAGCUCAGUCUUAAUCUCGCUAUAACUUUUUCCGUCAUUUACAUGCAUUUCGGAAAGGUUUCCGCGGUCGUUAUGGCCGUUGCGACUUGCGCGACCGCAGGGCCGUUGGCAUACGCGGCUUGUCAAUCUGCCUGCGCUGGCGCAACCCUUUGGGUGCCUUUCUUUGGCAUUCCGGCCUAUGCCGGUUGCCAAAGUUCUUGCGCCCACCUACUGCUAGCCCCUACCCCUUAGGUGGAUCAUGGUCCUUGAAGUACACGCAAUACCUACCUAUGUAUUGGAGGGAAGAUUAACGGGAAAUCAUUCGGGACAUGGAUUAUUUGUUUGUAGUUUUGGACUGCGCGGACUACCUAAAAUUGACAAUUGAUAUUUCGACAAACAGAAAAACGACACGAAAUGAAACAAUCCUUUGCCAUAAGAAUACAACCGCGUUUACUUUCG